AUGGAGGAAGUGAAAGAGGUAAAGGAGAAUGGAAUUCGGUCCAACGCAGUGCUUGUUGAACAAGGGAAUCGGCCGAAUUCCACAGCAGCACAGUAUGAAGCCGAGCUACAAGAAAUCAAAGCAAGAACGAUGUACAAUCUUAUUGAGGAGGUGACAGUGGGUGCGGUGAAGAAGAGGUUGUUGCUAUUGACGAACAGACAAGCUUCACUCUUCAACAAGAAGUCAGUGCAGAAACUGCUGGAUGCCUUUGAGAUCCCGCACAAGCCAAAGCUGGUGAUCAAACUUGUGCAUUCGGAGCUCGGCAUCAAUCAGUUGAAGAGAUAUCGCACGGAGCAUGAGGUAGUGAUGAAAGGGAAUCACGAUAUCCGUGACGACUUCAUGUAUGAUAAUUAUUUGUGGAGUCCACCCGGUCCUACUUACACGGAAGACGAGAUUGAGCAGGGAGAGAACCGGCUGUGCCAGUUCUUCAGGGAUGUGCUCGUUCCCCUGUGUGCUCAGACAAACGCGAUCGUGUUAGCAGGAUGUUCGGACUGGGACGUGAUGUCUGCGGCGUUCUCGCGUGCGGUGAACCUGCAGAAGGCUUCGUGGGGGAGCGAGAAACCGUUCACUACGAUAGGGUUCGGCUAUCAUUUCUGCUUCCACCUCAGCACCGAGACAGAAGGGACGAUGGCCAAUGACCUCUCCAAUGCGUCGAAUUUCUGGGCGAAGAAGCAGGACGUCAUCGAGCGGUUCCUCCAAUCGCGAUGGGGAGACAAGAGCAACUGGCUCAAGCAGGACAUCGUGUCAGAUUUCGACGACUACAUCCUGUUUGAUGCCAUCAAGAUCGAUAACAAGGGGAAUAUCGAGGAUGUUGAAGACACCACUCCGUCGUCUACUCUGGAGAACAUGAUACUUGGUCACUUCACAGAGUCUUUGCCAUGCAUCUGCUUCCGAACAACAAGGAGCAACGCGGUUGUCACAAACCAGGUUUGCACUGACAUCCUUAACUCUGGGACGCCGAUGGUGUUUCUUGAUCUCAGAGAACGACCGUUGGUGGCGGAGGCAACCAGAGGUGAGAGGCUGCACAGGGCAAUGGAGCACAUCGUGCAGUAUCGAACAGGUCUGAUGGAGAUGAAUCAGAAUGACCCUUACGACAACUGCAACCUUGCUUGGCUGCAGAGCAUAGUCUCUGGCUAUGAUGGGGCAGAUGUCAAAGAUGCGGUCUCGAUUGAUAGGACGUCGGAAUGCAUUCAUGAGGCCAUCACAAGGAGAGUGACGGAAGGGAAGAAGGGAAAGGUCGGGGAUGGCGACCGUCUUCACGACAUUCUGUCCAUCGCUGACUUUCUUACCGACGAGCUGUGUCAAAACUUCUGGCAAAGAGAGCAGAUCAUGCAGAAGUUGGGCUACAAGCCUCACUUCGACGACUACGGUAAACUCAAGGUGUUCUACCGGGAGAUGAGAACAACCUAUCAUUCCAUCAUCCGCGAGAUGCUUGUCAACGGGAACUUCUACGGUCGCAAUGUCUCAGACUUUUCGGGCCUUAGGCUGCUGAUUCAAAAGCUGAUCCGGAUGGAGAGGAUUCCUCUAGAGAACAGCAUGGAAGGUCUCAUGAUCCUCAGACAGGCGUGGGACACCAUCGACAUCUGCACCUACAUCUCCAUCAAGUACAAGUGGGUUGCCAAGGUCGGGUACUUCCUCUUGCUCAUCAUCGCCGUUGCGUCGACAGCCGUGACGGUCAUGAAGGAAAAAGUGGAUCAGUGCAUCGGGUACAGCGAGUGCCAGCACGAGGGGAGGACCAAGGUUGCCAUCUUCCUGCUAUCCUUGAGUGCUUCGGUGAUCGGCUCCUUCAUGGCCUACCUCAACCCGGUGACCCGCUGGCGCUCCCUCCGCAACAUCGCGUCGAGGAUCGAGAGCACGAUCUGGAUGUACAGGGCGAGGGUCGGGCCGUUUGCCAUGACGCCUGGGGUAGUCGAUGCUGCUGAGAUGGCGCUGCGCGCCCGGCUCCUGUCCUUGAGGAACGAAAUCUUAACUUCUGCUGACGUGACAGAGACGGCCUUCAUGCGGGAGUACAGCCCUGGCAUCUUCAUGCACGGGCAGAGGGAAGCAACGAGGAGGAGGAAGAAGCGCCCGUCCAACGUGCUGAUGCCGGAGGGGAACAGCCAAGACAACCACCAGAGCCCUGUUACCCCCCAGCUGUUCAUCGACCUCAGAGUCCAGGAGAUGAUAGCGUUCUACCGCAAGAGGCUGCCUUCCUACAGGAACCAGUAUAACAUCUACCAGCUCCUCAUCAUCCUCAGCUCGGCGUGCGCAGCCAUCCUCGCCUCCUUCGACAUGCCGCAAGUGGCCGCCAUCAUAGUUUCCUUCUCUGCUUGCGUGGUGUCCUGGAUGGAGUUUCAUGGAACGAGGCAGAAGCUGGAGAGAUACAACAAGUCCCUGAUGAACCUAGUGAACAUCGUCACGUGGUACGAGAGCAUGACGGCGGUGGAGAAAGCGUCUCUGGAGAACAUCACCACUUUGGUCAUGCAGUUGGACGUCGUCUCGCAGAGUUUCGACAGCCAUUGCUGGUGCGACCAGCGGUGGCAAGGAGUGAAGCCGCUGAUCAAUGGGACGGACCGUGGAGCAGACGCAGAGGCCCUUCCCCUGCCGAAGCGAAGAUCUCUUUAUGAGAAACUGGAUUUCCUCGAAAGGAACUCUAGAAAUGAAGACUACGUCAAGACGGACCUUGCUUUGGGAAACUACGAAGUAGGAUUCGUGGGGGAGAAACGAGCUACAAAUGAAGUGAAUCAGACGGUGUCAAGUCAAGCAGGGGGGUACUGGAGGGGGAAACUGGGAAGAUCUAUCUUUGAGACGACUGGUUUGUAUCAGAACCUCGUGAGAAUGCCAAGGGAUGAAAUCCCUCGUUACGUUCAGAAUGGGCUGAAGCAGUCGGUGACAAGGAAGCAAAAUGAGCGCAAUCCUAACAUAAACAGCGGCAUAGGAAUACGGGCCAGCUCCGAUAUGCAAGACACUGAGAUCGUUGCUGUCAACCUCGUCUGUGCCAAAUUUCUACAAAUCCUUUCAAUCUCAGUGGUGUUGGUGGGUAUUGUGACAGAGCUGAACGAGGAGCAGCGUGUUGCGAUUAGGAAGAGAGCGGUUGAGACAGGGCGAGCUCAGAGACUGGGGAGUGACUGGCAAGGAGAAGACGACCAUCCUCAACCAACGCAGAACACAGUCCGCGUCGACUUCUCCUCUCCCCUCAUCGCGUUUGGCCCUGCCCCACUGCAAAGGUUUCUCAAGCUGAGCGUCGGGCCUUCGACUGAUGUCUUCCUCGACACGACAUACGUUGACGACAAGAUUCGUCUGGGGAGAGGAGCAACUAGCGGGAGUCGAUUCGUCUUCCAGCGAGUAGGGGACGAAUCAAGUCAAGCAACUCUAUGGCGGUCCCUAGUGGCUGCCCCGGCUCCUGUCCCAGGCAAGAAGAUCGGUCUUGCCAUCUUCGUCGUCGUAGCUGCAAAGCUUCUGGCAACCAUCGCGAUGCUCUUCAUGCAGGCAGCGCCUGCCACCGCGCUCAUGAGUGUUCUUACCUACCUCGCCAUCCCCCUCAAGAUCUCUGCAUGGCUCAAGGUGGGGGUCUUGUGCCUGCUCGCCUUCCUUUUCAACCAAUCAGGAGGAGUUGUGGAGGGAGAGGAAACGAGUAGCUAG